UUUCGCAUCAUCACGCCCGUGUGAUGAAGUCCACUUGCCGCUUUUGAUGAUGCUGCUGCCGCUGCCGUUGUGGCAACAAUCGUCCCCUCCAGCUGUUCCCGGCGACUUUAAAAUGCGGCAGGCCCCUCCUUGGAACGCCACAGAGCAAACAGAGCGCCACUCGGCACCGACCUCGCGCGUUCUACAAUGUGGUUCAACACACCGAGGGUUUACAUUUUAACUUGUUAACGUAGUACGGCACUCUACAAGCUCACGGUGUUUAUUUUGUGCGCACACACACUACUUUACUGGUGCGUGAAUAACGGACAAAUACACCUUUCUGCUCGAAGGCUCAAAAUACAUUUGACGCGUAUAAUUGAAUCAUUUUAGUCCACCGCGCACCGUCAUUAAAAGAUCAAUCAAUUAACGCGCAGGAUUUGCGGAGUGACGCUCGAGUCAUCGGCGCGAAAGCUAUCGGAAGCCGCAGAGCCCUAGAGAGGCGUUUUGUCGAGGAAUUCCAACGUCGGGUCGGUUUCUGCCCCGCACGGAUGAUGCGAGCUCAGAGCCUCGGCGCCGACGCAGCAACGACGCCGCCCUCGCAGACGCUCGGGCUCGGAGCCCGCGUCGCGGAGCACGCAGCCAGGAGGAGACCGAGCGCGCGUGCCCGACGUUUCGCGGCAGCGCCAACCGCGGCACCGCCGUCGCACCCGAGGGCGAACGCGAGGCGAACCGCCCAGGGGCUGCGACGAUUGGCGGCCCUGGCGCGAUUCUCAGAAAGCGUUUCCGAGAAUUCUCUCCGUGAUCCGCCCAACUUCGAGAUGACCCACCCGAGUCACAGGACGCCACCCCGCGCGCACGACGCGCAGGGGCUGGAGGCUGCUGCUGCUGCUCUUGCUGCUGCUGCUCUCGCUGCUGCUACUGCUGCUGCUGGUGGUGGUGGUCUCGUUGCCAGCCCUUUUGCCGGCGCUAACGGCGGCAGUGACGAUGACGACGGUGGCAGCGCAGACGCCGGACGCGCCUCCUCGUUUGGAAGCGGCGGCGGUGGCGGCGACGGCUCGGGCGCAGUCGAGGACUUGUGGUCGAGUUUCGCGGAGAUCGGAUCGCUGCCCUACCACUGGCAGAUGCGGCGGCCGGGCGCGGCUUGGGAGAGCGUCCCGGCUCGCGCGCAGGAGGUGCUCGAGCGAGUAUUCUGCAACCCCGAUAACGACUCCGCGCAGCUGCGCACCGAGAAUGGGAUUCUGUCUCUGGACUUCGCCACCAUGGAGGCGAGGAAUCCUUCUGGCGACAAAUUGCUCGCCCGGCGCCUUGAGAGCUCGCGAAUCAGGGCCUACCCCUGCCGUUUCUACCGCAGGGACCAGAACCGCUGGCUCCGGCUCGACGAGACGUCUACCAGCAUCGUCACCAGUUCCGUGGCAGCUGGAAUCUUCAACCUGGGCCAGUGGCCCCUGAUGAGGAUGCGCCCGGAGUUUGUGUCGUCCCUGGCCGUGACGCAGCAUUGCGACGCGAGACGGAGCGGCGAAAUCGGCUCGUACGCAGAACGAGACCCUCCCGCUAACGACGAGCGGUGGCACCCCACGCGUUGUCGCCUCCUUAGCCCCUCCACUGGCGCCGCACCGCCGCAUCCCGGCUGGCCGGACGCUGCCGGAUGCUCGCAGCCCUCGACCUGGGUGCCCAUGGAUCCCGGCGUGGACUUCGUGCGCGUGACCCUGGAGCCGGCCGAGCGGGCGUACCGGGCCGCGUACCGCCUCUUCCACCAGACCGUGUCGGAGACCAAGGCGCUCGUGCUGGGCAUCGAGCGAGUGCAGAACCCCUUCCUGUGGGAGAAGUACUGCAGGAAGAAGGCGUUCAUGCUGCGCAAGCUGCCGCAGAUGCCCGAGCGCGAGCUCGAGCUCAACCUGUUCCACGGCACGAGGGCCGACACGGUGCCCGCCAUCUGCAAGCACAACUUCGACCCGCGCCUCUCGGGCAAGAACGCCGCCGUCUACGGCAACGGCAGCUACUUCGCCACGGCCGCCAGCUUCUCGCACGGCUACGCGGGGCGCGCGGGCCACGCCGGGGACCGCUGCGUCUUCAUCGCCAAGGUGCUGGCCGGGCGGCACGCCGUCGGGCGGACGGGCCUGCGCAGGCCGCCGGCGCUUUGUCCCGACGACCUGGCCAGCGACCUGUACGACUCGUGCGUGGACAACGCGGGCAAGCCGAGUAUCUUCGCCAUAUUCGACAGCGACCAGUGCUACCCAUACUUCCUCAUCCGCUACCGGGUGAUCGGGAACGAGGUGCGGCUGUGAAACUCGCCUUCUCUCGGGCGCUUCUCGUUUGCCGUUACCGCCUUGGUCGUGAUCGAGGAAGCAAAGGAAGAACAUGGGGAGGACGGGGAGGGGGGGGGGAGGAAAGAGACUGCUUUCUGCAUGUGAACUAUUGAACAUUUUUUUUUUAUUUUACCAGGUAAGGCCCAACUGAGCUAUAUAGCUAAUUUUUUAGAAGCGACCUG